AUGACGACUGUGACGCGCGACAACUACUCAAUCGCAUGGAUAUGCGCCCUACCGCUAGAAGCAGCAGCGGCCCGCAGUAUGCUGGACAGAACCCACAGUCCGCUGCCUAUACCCCACACUGAUUCGAAUGCCUACCACCUUGGUGAAUUAAACGGCCACUAUAUUGUGAUUGCUUGCCUACCAACUGGAGUAUACGGAACAGUAUCUGCCGCGGCUGUGGUAUCUCGCAUGCGUUUCACAUUUCCUCGGCUUCAAUAUGGACUGAUGGUCGGAAUUGGAGGAGGGGUUCCAGGCAAAAACAAUGACAUUCGACUGGGAGAUGUCGUGGUCAGCAAACCGGUUGGAAAGCACAGUGGAGUAACCCAGUAUGAUUAUGGCAAGGCAAUUCAGGAUGGCCAAUUCGAGUCAACAGGCACCUUGAACAAACCACCACAGGCCCUUUUAACAAAUAUAGCUCAAAUGGAGGCAAAACGAAUGAGUGAGGGCGAUGACGCUUUUUCUAAAAUAGUGGAAGAAGCCCUGGCACAGAACCCUAACAUGCAAGGACGAUUUUCACCUCCAGAAGAGUAUACGGACUUCUUAUUUGAUUCUUCUUAUCACCAUACCGCAGGGGAAGAUACAUGUGAAAAGUGCGAUAAAGAACAGUUAAUCAAACGGCAACCUCGUGGCACCAAGACACCUUAUAUCCAUUAUGGAUUGAUUGCUUCGGGAAAUCAGGUUAUGAAGGACUCCAAAACACGAGACCGUCUAGCACAACAGCAUGGGAUCCUCUGCUUUGAGAUGGAGGCAGCAGGGAUCAUGGAUGAGCUUCCAACGCUAGUAAUCCGGGGGAUAUGCGACUAUUGCGAUUCCCAUAAACAGAAACAGUGGCAAGGAUACGCAGCGUUGACAGCGGCUUCCUACGCAAAGCUGCUGCUAUCAGUUAUACCCAUAAACUGUACGGACACGGACCUCAUGAAGACCCAGAAAAAGCGACAUUGGGUGGUCUCUCUCGCAAGAAAUCCCAAAUUUGUCGGUCGUGAGGAUGAAAUCACAAAACUGGAAGAAUUAAUUACAAUGCAAGAUGGGCCCAGAAGGAUCGCAAUCACUGGAUUAGGGGGGGUCGGCAAAACUCAAGUGGCCCUUGAGUUAGCAUACCGCAUACGGGACCGAGAUAAGGAGUGCUCAAUCAUGUGGAUUCCUUGUACCAGCCAUGCCAUGAUUGAGCAGAUGUACCUGCACAUUGCACAGAAACUCGGACUUCAUGACGUGAAUCCGGCCGAGGUUAAAGAACAGGUUAAGAUAUACCUCAGCUCUGAGCGCGCGGGAAAGUGGCUUCUGGUUUUUGAUAAUGCAGAUGAUGCAGAAAUAUGGUUCGCCGCUAGUGAUGCAGCUCCAUCUCUUGAGGACUAUCUCCCUGAGAGUGAACAAGGCCGUAUCUUGUUCACCACCCGAAACCGAAAACUCGCCAUGAAGCUGGCAUCAUUUAACGUUGUUUCCAUUCCAGAUGUGGACAAAGAAAUUGCAAAAGAAAUCCUAGACAAGACAUUGGCACAGAAAGACUUGUUAAGAGAUACUACCACGAUUACUGCCCUUCUUGAACAACUAGCCUUUCUUCCCUUGGCAAUAACGCAGGCAUCAGCAUAUAUAAUCCAGAAUGGGAUUGAUUUGUCGACCUAUCUUGCACUUCUUCAAGAGCAGGAACAAGAUGCUGUCGAGCUUCUCAGCGAAGACUUCAAAGAUCCAGGACGCUAUAACGAUAUCCAAAAUCCUGUGAUCACCUGCUGGUUGAUAUCCUUUCGGCAGAUUCAACAUCAAGAUCCAUUAGCGGCCGACUAUCUCUCUUUCAUCGCCUGUAUUGACCCGCGAAACAUCCCCCAGUCCCUCCUUCCUCAACCAACAUCCAGAAAGCAGAAAGUCGAUGCUUUAGGACUUCUAAAUGCGUACUCGUUUACGAAUGGCCAAGAGAGACAUAUAGGUAUGCACCGACUUGUGUAUAUUGCCACCCGAAACUGGCUUCGAAAGAAAGCAUCGUUUAGCCACUGGAUCCAACGGGUAGCUGAGCAUCUACAGGAUGUAUUUCCAGACGAUCACCACACCAAUCGAGAACUUUGGCGGGAAUACCUUCCCCAUGCUUUAACGCUGUUGCAUGAAAAUGAAUUUGUUGUACAAGAAAAUAAUUACCUCGAUUUAAUUAAAAGGAUUGCAGGUUGCCUCGCCAGCGAUGGAAGAUAUCAAGAAGCGGAGGCAUUUUAUACGAAGCUGAUGGAGAUCAAUCAGGAGAAAUUUGGCCCUCACGAUCCUUCCACUCUGGCCAGCAUGCAUAAUCUAGCAUUAACCUUCCGGAACCAGGGUCGAUGGGAUGAAGCUGAGAAGCUAGGUGUGCAAGUCAUGGAGACAAGGAAGACAGUACUGGGCGCUGAGCAUCCCGACACUCUGACCAGUAUGGCAAAUCUCGCAUCAACCUUCCGGAACCAGGGUCGAUGGGAUGAAGCUGAGAAGCUAGGUGUGCAAGUUAUAGAAACAUCCAAGACAGUACUGGGCGCUGAGCAUCCCGAUACUCUGACCAGCAUGGCAAAUCUCGCAUUAACCUACUGGAACCAGGGCCGAUGGAUUGAAGCUGAAAAGCUAGGUAUGCAAGUCAUGGAGACAAGGAAGACAGUACUAGGCGCCGAGCAUCCCGACACUCUGACCAGCAUGGCAAAUCUCGCAUCAACCUACCGGAACCAAGGCCGAUGGAUUGAAGCCGAGAAGCUAGGUGUGCAAGUUAUCGAGACAAGGAAGACAGUACUAGGCGCCGAGCAUCCCUCCACUCUGACCAGCAUGGCAAAUCUCGCAUCAACCUACUGGAACCAGGGCCGAUGGAUUGAAGCUGAAAAGCUAGGUAUGCAAGUCAUAGAGACAAGAAAGACAGUACUGGGCGCUAAGCAUCCCGAUACUCUGACCAGUAUGGCAAAUCUCGCAUCAACCUACUGGAACCAGGGCCGAUGGGAUGAAGCCGAGAAGCUAGAAGUGCAAGUUAUAGAGACAUCCAAGACAGUACUAGGCGCCGAGCAUCCCGAAACUCUGACCAGUAUGGCAAAUCUCGCAUCAACCUACUGGAACCAAGGCCGAUGGGAUGAAGCCGAGAAGCUAGAAGUGCAAGUCAUGGAGACAUCCAAGACAGUACUGGGCGCUGAGCAUCCCGAUACUCUGACCAGCAUGCAUAAUCUUGCCUCAACCUACCGGAACCAAGGCCGAUGGGAUGAAGCCGAGAAGCUAGAAGUGCAAGUCAUGGAGACAUCCAAGACAGUACUGGGCGCUGAGCAUCCCGAUACUCUGACCAGCAUGCAUAAUCUUGCCUAUACGUGGAAUUCGGUGGACAAACAGGCCGAAGCCUAUCAAUUGAUGAGAGAAUGUGCGGGACUCCGAGCCAAAAAGAUAGGAACCAGUCACCCCGAUACCUUAUCUUCCAAUAAUGCUCUUACCGAAUGGCAAAAAACGAAGCAUAAUGAAAUUCCAAAGCCUGUCAAAGGCCAGAGAAGAGAGGCCGUGAAACGCGUCCUGGGCUUCAAAUAG